AUCACUAACCAAAAACAACAAAAAAUGGGGUUCCUAGGUAAGAGUGUAUUAGUGAGUCUCGUAGCACUUUGGUGCUUCACUUCCUCUGCCUUCACUGAAGAAGUGAACCAUGUCAGUCAAACCCCUACUCUAGCUCCUGCUCCAGCUCCUUACCACCACGGUCACCACCACCCACACCCUCCCCAUCACCACCACCCCCACCCUCACCCUCACCCACCGGCCAAAUCUCCAGUUAAGCCCCCGGUUAAGGCACCAGUGUCUCCACCUACCAAAGCUCCAGUUAAGCCCCCAGUUUACCCUCCCACCAAAGCUCCUGUCAAGCCCCCAACCAAAGCCCCAGUUUACCCUCCUACCAAAGCUCCAGUUAAGCCUCCAACCAAAGCCCCAGUUAAGCCACCAGUUUCCCCACCGACCAAACCUCCGGUCAAGCCCCCGGUUUACCCUCCCACCAAAGCUCCAGUUAAACCCCCGACUAAACCCCCGGUCAAGCCACCAGUUUCCCCACCAGCCAAACCUCCGGUCAAGCCCCCGGUUUACCCUCCUACCAAAGCUCCAGUCAAGCCCCCAACUAAGCCCCCGGUUAAACCACCAGUUUCUCCUCCGGCUAAGCCACCAGUUAUGCCGCCGGUUUACCCACCUAAGUUCAACCGUAGCCUAGUCGCCGUUCGUGGUACAGUCUUCUGCAAAAGCUGCAAAUACGCUGCCUACGACUCACUCACAGGCGCUAAACCUGCCGAAGGUGCAACUGUGAGACUAGUGUGCAAGAGCAAGAAGAACAUAAUCUCGGAGGCAACGACAGACAAGAACGGAUACUUCUUUUUGUUGGCUCCGAAGACGGUGACCAACUACGGUUUCAGAGGAUGCCGUGUGUAUCUGGUGAAAUCAAAGGACUACAAGUGCAACAAAGUGUCCAAGCUCUUCGGUGGAGAUGUCGGCGCAGUACUCAAGCCUGAGAGAAGCCCUGGAAAAUCCACGGUGGUGAUCAACAAGCUGCCUUACGGUAUCUUUAACGUCGGUCCAUUUGCAUUCAACCCGGCUUGCCCCAAAUGAAGAUGAAUCCGUCCCUCUGGUUACUUUCUUGAUUACGUCGAGUUUAUCAUAUGAUUAUCUCGUGUUCAAAAAAGAGUGUAAGAGCAAGAGAGAGAGAGAGAGUUUAUGUGCGUUGGAAUUUUAAUGUUAGCUAGUUUUUUCUUCUUCUUUUAAGUUAAAAAAAAUGCUUGGGUUUAAAUUAUGAUGUAUGAAUCUCUCUUUUUAAGCGACGUUGUUUAAGUUUCAUUUGAAUAAAAUAGUAUUACUAGCUUUUUCGAGAU